AUGGCUGACAGGAGCGUCUGCACUCCGCUCAGCGUGGAGUCAGACGCUUCAAACUGCACUUUUCGUUCCCCUAACGCGAACUCUUUCCCAGAUGCUGACAAAGUAAUAAACACUAAAUCAGAUAGUACCCAGGUUAAAGGAGAUAUGAAUGAGGAGGCGCUGCUAAAGGGGCUUUUCACUGACACUUACUGUCACUUGUGUGAAGCCGAGCUGUGUUUUGAAUCUCAGCGUGUGUCUCACUAUGAGGGAAAGAAACACGCUCAGAGACUCAAGGUGUAUCUGCAGGCUAAGCGAGCCGAAAUGAACAGAGACUCCAAGGAUCCCCAAUGGUCCAUGAGUACUGGUAAAGACCGUUUUUGUGAGUUAUGUAAUAUGGUGUUCAGCUCCAGCGUGGUGGCGAAAUCACACUAUGAAGGCAAGGUCCAUUCAAAAAAUCUCCGCAAACAAGGCCUUCACCUACCAGAAAAGCGUUCAGAAGCCCAUACUUUACCAAAUGUCACUCAGGAUCCGGAUUCCGAUCUGAAAAUACUCCCAGAAGCAGCUGCAGGGCAUCCCACGGACCCCGCAGCUCCCACGAUCCCCCCACUGAGUGAGGUUGAUCUGAAAGACCGAAACAAGUACUGCGCCCUGUGUGCUGCGGUCUUCAACAACCCGCAGAUGGCCUUGCAGCACUACAAUGGACGCAGACACCAGAGGAAGCAGGCCAGACAGGAGCUGCUCAAAGAGUUGGGCGAUGACGCACAUCAAGCCAACUCCCUGAAGUGUCGAAUGUGUAGUUUGCAAUUUAACUCAGUGGAGAUGUACCAGGCUCACAUGGCGGGAAACAAACACCAGAUUAGGGAGAAGAAGGUGGUUGACCUGUGCAACUCGCAGCAAAAAGUCUACAGCACAUUUGCAGACGAGCUGGCGGACUAUAUUGAGGUCCAGAAAGCUCGAGGAGUCACCCUCAAGACCAGCGACGGGGGUGCUGUGCUAAAAGAGGAUGAAGACGUUGAAGAAGAGCGUCAAGGCUUUGAUGAGGGAGAUGUAAGAGGUUUGAAUAUCCCGGUGGGCGCGCCGCCUCCCGCCUCCCACCCUCCUCUUCAGUCCCAUCCAGGCUGUUAUUACCCAGCCAGAAUGUGGCAGCCGGCAUAUCAGGGUCCGCCUUGGCCAACGCAUGGCUGGGAGCACAGGUACCCUCCUCCACUUCUGUCAUCAGCAAGCUCUCCACGUUUCAGAACUCGGCCAGCAAAGAGGAAAAAGUUUACGAACGAUUCAAGUUCCUCUUCAUACACCACUUCAUCAUACUCGUCCGAUAGCAGCAGCAGCAGCAGUGAAAGUGAUGACAGUGAAAAAAGGCGACGGGAAAAGAGAAAGAUUAUCAGGUCGAGGAGAGAGAGAGGCAGGGGGAAACGACGUAUGGGUUCAGAGAAAGAGGAGAGGAUCAGAAAGCAUCGGAAGAGGGAGAGAGAGCAAUCUGUAGAGUCAGAUGAGGAGAGAAGAAAAAAGCCCAAACACCGCGGAAAACACAGAAGAAAAGAAAACAAGUUCCAGGAAGAGAACCUUGAGGUGGAACGACCUCAAAGGGAAAUGGACAAAUUGAAACCAGAAGACACAGAGGAGAGCAGAAGAGAAACUGAAGUGCACAUUCAGACUGAAGCAGAUGUUGGACAGAGGGAGGGGGGGCAGGACGAGCCAUCCAAAGCCAAAUGUAGGAGAGAUAAGAAGAAGACAAAAGAGAAGACGGACACCAGAACAGAAGAGGAGAAGCUGUGGGAUGACUCCAUUCUGGGAUGCUGAGCUCUGCUUUCACAACUGCUGUGAACUGAAAUAAGGAGACUUUUACAGGUUUCAGAAUCAGAUCAAACUACUGGAGUGGGUUUCUCUGUGGGUGUGCUAGCUGGCUAGCUGAAUGGAGUCAGUAUUUGUAAAGAAUUAAUAUAUAUAUCUAAAUCUGAAGUCUGCGUUUACAUUUCACAGGGGCUCCUGUUCAUUUGACCUCUUGUUUUUUGUUUGUUUUUUUUGUUUUUUUGCUAAUUGCUGACUGUGAUUUUGGAUCUCCUACGUUCCUUCAUGUUCAUGUUAAAACUAAGUUCAAGUCUUCUCAACCUGUCAACACGUUAGCGAGGGAAGUGAUUCAAACACUGAACUUAUUUUCUCAGCAGACAUCAUAAAUUGCGAUUCCUUCUCUAACCUGUGGUUGAUGCUGUCGAGCUUCAUUCUGAACACCAGUAAAGCCAGUAAAAGUCUGCAGGUGUUAGAAGCUCAGUUAUUUCAUUUCCUUUGGAGCGCAGUUGUUCUUCUGUCAGGAGGCUGUGAGAGGCGGACAGCCUCUGCUCGCCACUGAUAUCAUGAAGUGGUGAAUAUGAAACAAAGACUUUUACCAGUUCCUUCUGCACAACAGAAGUGUCGACACGUGUGCCAUGUCUAUAUGUUUAUAGAGCACAAUAAGUGUUUGUGGUCAUACAGGUGCAAAGGUUAAAAUGAGCACAGCUCCUCUCCAAACCUCAGAAUUGAAGUUCAGAGUUACAUGUGGCGGGUUAAGUGAAGGAGGCUUGUGAUCUGGGAUCCAGACACAACAUCGCCAGUGCUUUAUUUACUGUCAAAACAGAGAAUCAAGUGAUAUGAUGAUUCCUCUGAUUGUGUUUUAAAAAAGUCAGCUCACAAAGCCACAGUUUGGUUUCUUGAAUAUGUUCAGUCCUGAAUUUCGGAGGUAACCGAGCUGCUUGUGAGCCACAUUAUACUUUAUCAAUAAUUCAGUUUUUAUUUUAAAUGUUAAGAGUCAGGACACUGGGAUUACUUGUUUUGAUAAAUUUUGUAAAACCUAAUCAACUUCUGUCAGUCAAAUAUAAAACAAGAUGAGUAGCUUGGUGUGUUUAUCUAAGAAAAAAAAAAAAAAAAAAAACCUUGAAACAGGUGAAGAAGAGUGUCAAGGUCUUUUUGGAACCGAGUAAAAAACAGAAAAACAAAACUUUAAUGUCCUUACAGAAUCUUGGAGGCAUUAUGAUGAUAAACUCUUCAUACAAACCAAAUAAAUUUAAAGCAGCUCUUUCGAAGACACAGAUGAAGAGUCACAAAAGGCUGAGAGGAACAGACAAAAUGAACUUUUUAGCUCUGCAGCGUUUGAGUUGAGGCGUUGAAGCGGGAUAACCAACAAAGGGCUUCUCAGCUCGGCGAGCGCCAUCGAGCAGCUCUGAAGCCCCCUGAGAUCUCCUGUUUUCAAAGAAUCCUGUGGUCUCCUUCCUUGUCUUGCUUGAAUGUUCGACCCCCGUAAAGCUGUCGCGUUCCCACAUCCUCUCGCUCUAAGACCCCCACCAGACUCUGCAGCGCCCUAAACCUUCAACACUAUAUGAAGAAAGAAAUAUACAAAACAAAUUGCAUGUUUGAUAGAUAAUGAACAUUCAGCACUUUCAGGAAUAAAGUUUCUGUGGUUGGCUGAGCAUUUAAACAGUUCCCAGGCUUAAAUCCUCUUUGUUUUUGAAAAGAAAAGAAAAUUUAAUUUUGAAGUUGUUUUAUUUGGCAUGUGCUGCAGCUUUUCUGUAUAAAACAUAUUUACUAAUAUGACGUUCAAAGAAGAACCGGAAUGUGACAGAAGUCCAUCGACAUAUCAUAUCGUUUAUGUCAGUUUCAGACCAGAACAUUGCGAAAUGUAAUUCUGAUUUAAGUAGUAAUUGGUUUCUGUUUGUGUUUUUAAUAAAUUGUUUUAGUUAAUUGUGAAAUAUAGACGUCAGCCGUUUAAUGCUUCAGUUUCAGGAGCUCUGGGCAAUCUUCUUACAUUUUGUUCAUGCAUCAAAUCGAUCAUUAGACACAUUGGUCAUGAAUGAAAAUUACUUUCAAGCCUGUUCGCACAUCUCUGAGUGCAGUCUAAAAUGGAACCAAUAUGUCAGGAGUUUCACUGA